CUAGUCAAUAUAACAACAAACUGAAGCAAAAAUACCUCAGCCAAGAAAAUGAAUGCUGCUACAUUCUUACUUUCCCUUUUAAGCAUAUUACUCUCUUUUGCUGAAUCUUUAGCCCAUGCAGAGACUCAUUACCAUGACUUCACUGUCGAACAAACAUCGAUAACGAGGCUCUGCUCGACUCGCAACAUAAUCACGGUAAACGGGCAGUUCCCGGGCCCCACAAUCGCAGUUCGAAACGGAGAUUCGUUGGUCAUUAAAGUCACCAACAAGGCUCCGUACAAUGUUACUCUCCACUGGCAUGGAAUACGUCAGAUGAGGACUCCGUGGGCCGAUGGGCCCGAAUACGUGACCCAAUGCCCCAUAAAGCCCGGCUCGACUUACACUUACCGUUUCAAGAUAGAGGAUCAAGAAGGCACGUUGUGGUGGCACGCGCACAGCAAAUGGCUAAGAGCCACGGUUUAUGGGGCGCUUGUUAUCUACCCCAAGUUUGGAGCUUCUUAUCCUUUCCCAGCUCCCAAAAUCGACGUGCCUCUUAUUCUUGGGGAAUGGUGGGACCGGAACAUUGUUGACGUUUUAAGGCAGGCGUUGUUACGGGUGCAGCUCCGAAUAUUUCAGAUGCAUACACGAUCAACGGUCAACCUGGCGAUCUUUACAGAUGCUCAAGCCAAGAAACUAACUAUCAAUACUAUUGAAUCCAAACACACAAACAACAAAAAAACCGCAGGCACGGUGAAAAUCCGAGUCAACUCGGGCGACAAAAUCCUCCUCCGAGUCAUCAACGCCGCACUCAACCAACAACUCUUCUUCUCAGUCGCCAGCCACCGCCUCACCGUCGUAUCCACCGACGCAUCCUACACCAAGCCCUCGAAUUCCGACUUCAUCAUGUUGGGCCCCGGCCAAACAACCGACGUUCUCCUCACGGCCGACCAAACCCCCGCCCUCUACUACUUAGCCGCCCGAGCCUACGCCUCCGCCCCAAACGUCCCCUUCGACAACACAACCACAACCGCCAUCCUCGAAUACUCGGGCGCGGGCACCAUGACCCGUCAACCCGUUUUCCCCCGUCUCCCCGCUUUCAACGACACGUCCUCCGCCACAUCAUUCACGACAAGUCUCCGGGGCGCCGCCACGUCAUCGACCCAGGUCGUCGUCCCGACCCGGGUCGACGAGAGCCUCGUCUUCACCGUGGGUUUAGGGCUCGUGAACUGCACUCCGCCCGGCGGGCCCACGUGCAUGGGCCCGAAUGGGACUCGGUUCGCGGCCAGCAUGAACAACGUCUCGUUCGUGCUCCCGAACACGACUUCCCUUCUGCAGGCCUAUUAUUAUCACUACGGACGAACUCCCGGGCAGGGGAGGGUCUUCACGACAGAUUUUCCGGGCAGGCUGCCAUUGGCUUUUGACUACACGGGGAAGAAUAAUAAUGUGAGUCGGGGGCUUUGGCAGCCGAGUUUCGGGACGAGGCUGUACAGGCUGGAGUACGGGUCGAGCGUGCAGGUCGUGCUGCAGGGCACCUCAAUUUUCGCGGUCGAGGACCACCCCAUACACCUCCACGGCUACCAUUUUUUCGUAGUUGGGCAAGGGUUCGGGAAUUUCGACCCGGAAAGGGAUACGGGUGGGUUUAAUUUGGAGGACCCUCCGGUUCGAAACACGAUCGAUGUCCCGGUUGGCGGGUGGGCCGUGAUUCGGUUCGUGGCGGAUAAUCCAGGGGUUUGGUUGUUCCAUUGCCAUAUAGAUUCACAUUUGAGUUGGGGAUUGGGAAUGGCAUUCUUGGUUGAGAAUGGAAAAGGGGAAUCGGAGUCCAUCGAGCCACCUCCGGAAGACCUACCACAGUGCUAAUGAUCUUUUACUACAUUGUUAGCUGCAAAUGAUCAGCAGCCAUGUUGAGGAUUUUUAUGAUCAGUUCAUGUUCUGUUUGGUGUCUUGAUUGUCUAAGAUCUAUGUUCAGUCAAUUGUAUCAGUUAUGAUUUUGUAACUGCACUUGGAAGUAUGAGAACUGUUGAGAAUUGUUUUUGUAUCAUCUUGCUAUGUUUGUUUGGGUUUGUCCAUUUGUACUCUCUUCUUCCUUUCCCAUCUUUUUUUGCUUUUUGUGUACUGUUGUUUUUAUGAUGAGUCAAGACUCGAGACAUAAGAAACAGACAAA